CAACAUGGAUGCGCCCAUGUCAUUAGAAGAAUGUAAAGAAAAUGCUGUUAAAAUAGUGAAUAGCAAGUUUGAGAGCGACAUUAAAUCGUUAUCAGACUUAAAGUCAUUUUAUUCAGAAACCAAAGCAACUGCAGAGGCAUUAGAAAGCCGACUUGCUCUUACUGAAUGGGAUAUUCCUCCUGAAGUGGAUGAGGCACUGAAAAAUGCAGAAGAUGCACAGACCUCAAUAAAAUCCCUCCAGAAAAAGAGCGAUUCUCUACAUGGUGAAGUCUUAGAUCAUUGUAAAGCACUGAAGAAUCUGGUGGAUGAUCUGACUCCUCUCGUUAAUCAGAUAGAUGAACUCAAGAAGUACAGACACUACUUAUCAUGUGUGUCUCACAUAGAAAACAUCAGUAUUCAGAUUCACUCAGCCCUGACAGCCAAUAGAACAGCUGUUGCAGUGGAGGAAUUCUGUUCCAUGUCAGAGUACUAUUUACAGAAACAGAAUUCACAAUGUCAGAAUCUUCUACAGUUCCUCAAAGAAACAAUCAUGUUCUGGUACAACAUACUCAAAGAAAAACUAUCAAGUUUGUUGGAGGAGAGUUUGAAGGUGGUAGGGUGGCCAUUAAUAGCUACAGCAGUGAAGACUCCCCCAACCCCUUCAGACCCAUCACUUAAUAUGGAUGCCAUCUUCCUACAACUACUUCUUUUACAAUUACCAGAUCCAUUGAGUGUGGAAGUCGAGAAGAAGACACUGAAUUUCAUGUCUCAGGAUUUUUUUUUUAAGCCUUUACUCCUGCCAAUUCAACAUUUAGUUACUCCUCUGCACAAGCGAUUUAAAUUCCACUUUUAUGGAAAUAAACAAACAAAUAACUGGGAAAAGCCAGAGUGGUACUUUGGCCAAAUGUUAAACUGGAUAAGGGACCACUCCUCAUUCUUAGACCAGAGAAUUCAACCCCUAUUGGAAAUUGCUGGACUUUAUGCAGUUGAUGCAAAGGUGGAGUUUAUGCGGGGCCUGGUAGUGCUGGUGAUGGAGAAGAUGGCCUCUGACCUUCCUACCAUCAUGGAGGAUGAGCACCUGUUCUGCCACCUAGUGGAUGAGGCCAUUUUCUUUGAUCAUGAGCUUCAUCAGGUCUAUGACUAUCCUGCAGGUCUGAACAGUAGCAUGGAUCUCCUGACAGUGCCUAAAGUGUUUCAACGAUGGAUUGAAAUUGAAAAGAAGUUUGCGAUAGAGAAGAUGGAUGCUUUGCUAUCUUCUCCAACUGCAUGGGAGUCCCAGUAUAAAAACAUAGCAGACAUUGACACACUAAAGGUCCCAGAGUGUGGGGAGAGCUUCAUCACUCUCAUGUCCACCAUUACUGACAGAUACAAGUACUUGCCAUCUCCAGACCACAGACUGAAGUUUCUCAGCAUGCAGCUGGAGUUGCUGGAAGACUUCCGAAUCCGUCUGGUCCAAGUGAUGAAAGAAGUUACCCAUAAUUCUCUAGGGGACACUUUUUGUGCCAUUUUAAAUGCUGUCCAUUACAUAACAGAGGUCCUGGGGGAGUGGUGUAAUACUACAUUUUUUGUGGAGCUACAAUACCACAGUGCUACACGUCCUGUUGAAAUAACACCCGAUUCCAGUGAGCAGGAAAAUAAAAAGAUACCUGUAAAAGGGGGAGGGGGAGGGUUCACAGCUGACAGGAGUGUGUUUGAUGAAGGGAUAGACUUGUUUGACAAGUUAAAGGUAGAAAUGGAGAAGAACAUCCUCAAUCAUGCCUUCCUAGAUGUUCAGGCUAGAUCCCAACCAUACAGGAAAAUGAAAUGGAAAACUCUUGAGGACUCUCCCGAUCUGUCACUUUCCAUGCCCGCCUGUGAAAUGUUGAUGGUUCUGAGGGACCAUCUCACAACAAUGAACAGAAAACUUAGCAAACCAAUAUUUGUCAAAAUGUGGAGAAAGCUAGCAGAAAAAAUGAGCAAGUUUAUGUUGGAUGAGGUGGUUCUACAAAACAGAUUCAGUGAGGCUGGAGCUAAACAGCUUGAGUUUGAUAUGACUAGGAACUUGUUUCCUCUGUUUGGAGAGUACACCACAAAACCACAGAAUUACUUCAGACAAAUAAAUGAGGCCUGUGUGUUGCUGUGUUUAAGAGUGGGAUCCGCACUUCUACUGCGUGAGGUAUUAAUGUCUGAUGACAGCAUUCCUGAGAAAGAGCAAGCAUUACAAGAUGUCGCCGUGUAUAAACUGCCACCACAGGUGGCACUCAAUGUUCUCAACUCUCGGACCAACUUAUCUGUGACGUGAUCUUUGAUAACUGUGUAUUAAUAUUCAGUAGGGACGCAAAUACUAAAAUUUAAGUCUUUCAGUAUACUCCUAAUGUACAGUGUACAUUUUGUGAAGUUUUACCAACAAUAUAUGCUUUAUUUAAUAUAUACAUUAUUAGGUCACCUGAGUCACUCAGGUGACCUAUUGCUAUCUGUUUUUGUCUGUGACCAUCAUGCCCUGGUCGUAAACUUUGAAUAUUUUUGGUUUCUUCUAGUGAACCACUAAACUAGUUUUAACCAAUUUUGGUAUAUAGCAUCUAUGGGCAGAGGGGAACAUAAUUUGUGAAUUUUCAUGAUCUCGGCCUCCUUGGGGCUUGAGGGUGGUAUCAAAAUUAAUGUAAUCUUUAAAAAUCAUAUUCUUUACUCUUGGACAUAAAGCAGUCAUACUGUUGGCAUGAUUAUAAUAAGCAAUAAGCUUUUUACCAUACUUGUGAAAUUCAUGGUCCCAGGGUCAAGGGUUCUGGUGUUUAGGUGGGGCUCUUUGAAAGUGCAUAAAUUGUUUAAAAAUCUUCUCUACAGGCCUCAACAUUAACGUUUGUCCAAUUGUUCAUGUUCAGUUCAUGUUGUGAUCAGACAAGUCAAUCUCCUCAAGCACUUGUCCGAUCAGACAAUUACAUCAAAAAAUGUAGCUCAGUUGAAUUGGCUUCAUUUUUAAAAAAAAUAACAAAGGAACAUAAAUCAGUUAUCAUUAUUUACAAAUAAUAAAAUCCUUUUUGUGAAACUCUUCUACCAUUAUAAGAGAAGUGUAAAUAGCCACAGAAUUCAUACCACACUUAGAUUUUUUAAAAAGCAAACAUCUAUAUCACUUUUCUAUUAUACUCCAUCAUACCUCAAAGAACAAUAUGGCUAAUUGAUGGAAUGAAUGUGGUAUCAGUGAUAUUUUUAUUUUCAUGAUCCAACAAAUAUUUACAUCAGUAUUUUUUAUCGCUACUUCAGUCUUAAUACAGUUAAAUAAUUUUCUUUAUCUCUGUUCAGAAUUGGACAGGUAAAAAUGCAUUCAAACAAGUAAUAUUUGUUGGCAACCUUAUGAUGGACAAGUGGAUAUUUUAGUUAAUGCUAAGCCAUGCUCUACCCCUGUAUAUUUACCAGACAAAGUAAGUGCAUGGUUAUGAUGAGGAUGGGUACCUCAGCCAAAAUUGUAAAAUUCAUGGCCUCUGGGGUAGGGUUAGGGUGUUGGCUCUAUCGAUCAUAUAGUGAAAAUGCAUUUACUUUUUGAAAAUCUUUGAGAAGUUAUUCCCCUUUGAAUAUUCACCUAUGAUAAUUUAUCAAUGUAAUUAAUGGCUUAGAAAGGUCGUUUGAAUAAAAGUUUUAAAUGGUCAA